GGAAGUGUAUCAAGGGAACUUUACUGUACACACCAGCACUAACUUCAAAAUCUGGGUUUAAUUUCAAAUACAUUUGCGUUUCAUUCAAAUAAAGUAAAGAGAGUAAACAGAAGAUGGGAUCUGAAGAUUUGAAACUGAUGGAUGUUUUCUCAUACGAGAGUCUCGUGCAUGCAGUCAGCGGUGCUGUGGGCAGCGUUACUGCAAUGACUGUUUUCUUUCCUCUUGACACAGCCCGGCUUCGACUGCAAGUUGAUGACAAGAGGAAAGCCAAGUCCACCGCAGCCAUUCUGGCUGAGAUCAUCAAGGAGGAGGGGCUAUUAGCUCCAUAUCGAGGUUGGUUUCCACUGAUCUGCAGUCUCUGUUGCUCCAACUUUGUGUACUUCUACUGUUUUCAUAGCCUUAAGGACACCUGGUUGCGAGGUCAUAGGUCAACCCCAGGACGAGACCUGAUCAUUGGCAUUGUUGCAGGUGUAGUAAAUGUUCUUCUGACCACUCCACUCUGGGUUGUCAACACCAGACUAAAGCUGCAAGGGGCGAAAUUCAGAAAUGAGGACAUAAAGCCUACACACUAUAAAGGGAUCUUGGAUGCGUUUGCGCAGAUCGUGCAGCAGGAAGGAGUAGGAGCGCUGUGGAACGGCACGUUUCCCUCCCUGCUGUUGGUGCUGAAUCCUGCUGUUCAGUUCAUGAUCUAUGAGAGUCUGAAGAGGCAGCUGAUGAGAGGAGUGCACAGAGAGCUCAGAUCUGUGGAGGUGUUUCUAAUAGGAGCGAUUGCCAAGGCUGUAGCAACCACGAUAACCUACCCACUACAAACAGUUCAGUCCGUCCUACGGUUUGGACAGCAUGGACAGCAAGCAGAACAGUCCAAACUACUGAGCAGUCUGAGAUCUGUCAUGUAUCUGCUGAUCAAUAGAGUCAGGAAGUGGGGCAUGCUGGGAUUGUUCAAAGGCCUGGAGGCAAAGCUACUUCAGACUGUCCUCACUGCUGCACUGAUGUUCUUACUGUAUGAGAAGAUCACUAGCUCCACCUUUAGAGUCAUGGGCGUCAAACAACAUGUGAAGUUCCACUGACCUCCUACAGAACUUUAAUUUGCUUGCUGAUGUCAGAAGGUUUUCAUGGACUGACAUGAAGAUGUAGACGGUCUAUAUUAUGCUCAUGUGUACAUAAUAUAAUGACGACAGAUAUAUACAAAUGCAAAAUAUGAAUAUUGACAAAUGAGAUGUGCACAGCUUUUAUUUUAUUUUAUUUUGUUGUGUAGUUUCACUUGAAAACUGCAAGGAGACAUUAGUAAAGAGAGACAUUGAAUUUGUGUUUCUUUUGCCUUUGUCAAGGCAAAAUUUCAAUCAGGUCAUCUAUUUCAGGUUAAAAUCUCAAGCAGGGUUUCUAGAAAAAAAAUCGGUUUAAAAUAAGAUCUGGGAUUGUCUACGUAGUGUCAGAUUUAAAACAUGCGAAUGACGGAUCUGUUUUUGCUAACAUCCUUGCUGUAAACAACAAAAGCUGAUAUUAAAUCAGCCCUUUUGCUUUGAUAUGUAAUAUGGUAACAAACCCCCAAAACUGGUUUAUAACCAUAUUUAGAUGAUCAUUGUUUUUAAAACACUUUAAAGUUCAGACCUCUAGGCUUUAUUAUCCUUUGACUAUAUUUAAUAGUGGGAUGAAUGUUUAAUUCAUAAAAACUAUGAAAUGUCUAGGGAAAAUGUCUUAGAUGGUACUAUAAUAAAAUUCUUUAGUAAACGUUUUGCCUGUUUUAAAAAAUAUUGGUAA